GUCGCCCCGUCGGUGCUGCGCGCACCAUGGCCGGCUGCUGCUGUCUGUCCGCGGAGGAGAAGGAGUCGCAGCGCAUCAGCGCCGAGAUCGAGCGGCAGCUUCGCCGGGACAAGAAGGACGCGCGCCGCGAGCUCAAGCUGCUGCUGCUGGGAACAGGUGAAAGUGGCAAAAGCACCUUUAUCAAGCAAAUGAGAAUCAUCCAUGGAUCUGGUUACAGCGAUGAAGACAGAAAGGGGUUCACGAAGCUGGUUUACCAAAAUAUCUUCACCGCCAUGCAAGCCAUGAUCAGAGCCAUGGACACCCUGAGGAUCCAGUAUGUGUGUGAGCAGAAUGAGGAAAAUGCCCAGCUAAUCAGAGAAGUGGAAGUGGACAAGGUCUCUGCACUCUCCAGGGACCAGGUAGAGGCCAUCAAGCAGCUGUGGCAGGACCCAGGAAUCCAGGAGUGUUACGACAGGAGAAGGGAAUACCAGCUGUCAGACUCUGCCAAAUAUUACCUGACUGACAUCGACCGGAUCGCCAUGCCGUCAUUCGUGCCAACGCAGCAAGAUGUGCUUCGUGUCCGAGUGCCCACAACUGGCAUCAUUGAGUAUCCAUUUGACUUGGAAAACAUCAUCUUUCGGAUGGUGGAUGUUGGUGGCCAGCGAUCUGAAAGACGGAAAUGGAUUCACUGCUUUGAGAGUGUCACCUCCAUUAUUUUUUUGGUUGCUCUGAGUGAAUAUGACCAGGUCCUAGCUGAGUGUGACAAUGAGAACCGCAUGGAAGAGAGCAAAGCCUUAUUCAAAACCAUUAUCACCUACCCCUGGUUUCUGAACUCAUCUGUGAUUUUGUUCUUAAACAAGAAGGAUCUUUUGGAAGAGAAAAUCAUGUACUCUCAUCUAAUUAGCUAUUUUCCAGAAUACACAGACGUUCUGACCAUUCCCCACCUUUGAAUGGAAGCUCCAGUUGCAUCAGCGUGUGUCUUCGCCUCAGCACCUCCACCUCUGCCUCUCCCAGUGCCCAGAAUGUAUUUGCCAACUCCUUUUGCCAACUCUACUUUGUUCUCCAAGACCUAGCUCAGGCACCUCUCCCUGGGGGCAGUCCUGCUGCCCCUCACCCCACCCCAUCUGCAGUAGGCGUGCCCCCCUUGGCAGCCUGGGCUCACCUUGCUCCCUCUCGGCCUUCCUCACACUGGCUGUUCAGUGUCUGCUGGCUCAGCCCUCUCCUCAGUCGGCUCCUGAGGGCAGAGACUGUGCCCGACUUGUCUUUGCAUUCCUAGCGCCCGUCAGAGCACCUGGCACUUUGUGUGUGUCGGUUAAAUUGUCGCAGCCCUGUUACCACUGUAAUAAAGACUCUGAAGUUCUUUAUUACAUGACCUGUCCAAGGCAGGAGAGUUUAUGCCCGUUGCUAAUUAUUUCUGGUACAAGAGGUCUCAAAUAUUACUAGGUUUGACAUUCGGAGGAGUAGUGUUUUGGCACUCUCCUUUUUCCUUUUAUUAUCCGUACUUGCGAUGUGGUAUAGAGCCCUCAAACUUGAAAAUCAGACUUGGGCACCUAAGAGUGUUAGUUCCCACAUUCUUCCUUUUCCGUCUCCUAGCCCACUUCUGUCUGCCUGAGUUAAUAAGGAUUACAUCUCUUCAAAAGUGGUCUAAAUCAGAAAAUUAAAUCGCGUCACUAUUUUCCAACAAAUCGCCUUAAAAUACAAUUUUUAGGUACUAGUGGACACUUUAAAAUACUUUUACGGGUUCAUAAUGAAAUAUAAUAAAAAUAAUGCCCCAGAUAAACGAUUCUCUAGAAAUGAGAUAGCCCAAAGAAGGAUGCCAAAUAAGAACGAGAGUCCAUUGAAAACGAUUUUUGAGAGGACCUGGUGGUGAGUUGGUAUCUUUCUUCUUUAUUCCUCUAACUGCACUCUU